UCUCUUUCUCUGCUUCAAAUGCGUGACGAGACGCACGUGUCGCCGACGUGCGUACACAUAAGCGCUCAGGCACUUCAGUUUGUUGUUUGUACAGAAGACUUUCGAGUGUCAUUAUAAGAAACGGAACAGGUUUCCGUCGGGAGUUCUGCUUGACAUAGUUGCACCGGCAUACCGGGCUUCAAUCACAUCUUGAUUCUUCGAUCGCGAUCGUGCGAUCAUCAUGGACGACAGGAUCGUGAGUGUGUCUACGUUCGAGACGAUUCAGCUACACUUCUUGUCCUUCAUUUAUGGCAUCUACUUGAUCGCCAAGCGGCUACUCAAAUGGGCAUGGGAUCCCAAGAAUUUCUUCGUGUUGCGACAACGAGACCGGCCGCCGAUGUGUUUGAUCGACAGUAGCCUUGGCACACAUUCCUACGUGAAAAUCAAGGGCGUUAAAUUUCAUUAUCUAGAAGCAGGGCUUAAGGAUAAACCGUUGGUGUUAUUGCUACAUGGAUUCCCAGAUUGCUGGUUAUCCUGGCGCGAACAGAUCCGUUGUCUCGCGGAACAUUACAGAGUAGUGGCUUUGGAUUUAAAGGGAUUUGGCGAUAGUGAUAAGCCGUCCAACAAGCGAUCUUACAAAGUAGAAAUCAUAAUCAACGAAUUAAAGCAAUUCAUUUUAGCUCUCGGCGUAAAAACGUGCAGUAUAAUCGGUCAUGAUCUAGGAGGGCUUCUAGGAUGGUAUAUGGUUGCUCUUCACGGGGAUCUCAUUUACAAAUUUGUAGCUAUUUCGAGUCCUCAUCCUAAUCUCUAUUGGAACAGAGUGUCGGGAAAUUCCACGUUGGAUAGAAAAUGGAUACAUUUUAGCAGAUUGCCAUUUCUACCAGAAAUAGACGCACUUAAGGAAGACUUAUCAAUCAUCAAUGAUACAUUUCAACAUCUUCAGAUACGAAACGAACUCGACAAAAAAUAUGUUGAGGCAUAUAAAUAUACCUUCAGCAGAAAAGAGGACUGGACGGGACCAAUUAAUUAUUACCGCAAUUUCCCAUUCAUAAAAUUGAACAUACAUGAACAGAUUGACAACAAGAUGUUACUGAUAGUCGGAAAUAUGGAUCCCUUAGUAACGAUAGAAACUGUCAUUCAAAGUUCCGAAUAUGCAGAAACAUCCAGCGUUAAAGUUAUACCGGGUGCACAGCAUUUCCCGCAUCAGGAAAAACCGGAUGCUGUAAAUAAUGCAAUUAUUAAAUUCUUGAUAGGUACAGUGUAUACUAUGGAGAAAACAGCUUCGAGGAGUAUCAUGUCUUCUUGGUUAGGAUCCUUAAGUAACACUGUUAAGUAUGGAAAUCAGAUGUUCGACGCUGUGCAUAAGCGAACUAACGGUGUGGUGAGUGUAUUGCCCAACAAAAAUAUCAUAUUCGGCUCCAAUAAGUUAGGUAUUAUUACUUAGUAUCAGCGUUAUAUAUUCUCAGAUUUUGCCCCUUGUUUCGAACGGUCUAGAUAUAUCCUAUCUGCUAACGCAGAUGCACAAAAUCUGCGAAAAGCUGAUUUGAAGCUAUUUAUUAAUUUUGUUCCUUUU